AUGGGGCAGCUUCCUCCUACAAGAACAUCACCAUCACGUCCCUUUUUGCACUCUGGUGUAGAUUACGCAGGCCCUUUUGUAAUCAAAACAUGGCAUGGAAAGAGAGCAAAAACCUACAAAGGUUAUAUUGCGGUGUUCAUCUGCUCGUCGACCUCAGCUAUUCAUCUAGAGUUGGUUUCCAACUACUCAUACUACUUCAUAGCGGCUUACAAACGAUUCACCAGCCGUCGAGGCAUCUGUGCUACUUUAACUAGUGACUGCGGGACAACAUUUGUAGGAGCUGACAAAGAACUGAAAAGAUUGUUUUCAUCGUCUUCAGCAGAAUCAGGUCAACUCAAGUCCCUGCUUGCUAAUGAUGGAACUGAAUGGAAAUUCAACCCUCCUGCUGCUCCACAUUUUGGAGGUCAUUGGGAAGCUGAUGUUAAAUCAGUUAAAUACCAUCUCAAAAGAGUUAUGAAGACCCACCUACUAACUUACGAAGAAUUUUCGACAGUGCUGGUACAAAUAGAAGCGGUACUUAAUUCUCGCCCUCUUUGCCAGCUUACAGAAGAUCCAGACGAUCUAGCAAUCCUAACCCCUGCGCACUUUUUAGUUGGCGAAUCUUUAACUACUAUCCCAGAACCUAAUCAAGAAAACCAACCCACAUCAAGACUUACUCGGUGGAAAUUAACUCGCCAAAUGUUGGAAUCAUUUUGGAAGAAGUGGUCUCGGGAGUACCUUCAACAACUUCAAGCGAUAUACAAAUGGAGAUUUCCUUCCUGUUCAAUAAAACUUGGAUCAGUUGUUCUUGUUGUUGAUGAGCAAUUACCACCAUCAAAGUGGCCGCUAGCAAGAGUGACUGAACUUCAUCCAGGUCGUGAUGGACUUACCCGAGUAGCCACUCUGAGAACAGCAAGUACCUCACUGAAAAGACCAAUAGUCAAGCUUUGUCCUCUUCCAAUUGAAGUCAGUGAUUAA